GUCCGGAAAGGAGGCCCACCGCAUUCGCAUUUCAAUACAUCGCCAAGUGCCGGAUCGUGGAGACACACGCAUGUUUUUCUCGUCGUCGUUUGGUCGUCGCGCGCGUUUGAUUCCUGCUACAAGGUUCUUCUAGAGCUGAACUCGGAAGUGAAUUUAGUGUCGUUGGUCCGCGAAAGGGACAUCUUCCAGCAAGCAGUCAGUCAGUAGUGGAAUAAAUCCGGGUAUUUCGUAGUUAGUUGGAGGACAGCCGCAAAAGAUUAGGACUUUUCGGGAGAAGUGUUUCAGUUGAAGUGAAUUAGUUGUGAAGUUUUGUUAGUUUGUGAGUGAAUCGCCCGGAGGUGGAAAAACCCCAUCGGCCCAAGAUAACUCCCGUCAGUCGCGAGUAGAAUCGCGGUUGGCAUCGCGGCACGGCGCGGUCCCCUACGGAUGACCGCUCUAAUCCCGACGUCUCAGCCGACGACGGUUGAGACGUACGAGGACAUGUUCAAAGAAAUCACCCGAAAGCUGUACGGGGAAGAAUCGGGUCUGUACCCACACAACACACAAGUGGCCCAGGUGGCUCAGCUGGCGUCCGGGACACCGGCCGCGCCGGAAGGCGGCGAACGGUCUUUCACGACGUUGGUCUCGGAUCGGAGCCUGACGCAGAUCGACUAUGAAACGACCACCAUCAAUACGGCCGGCGGAGAUCAACAGCAAGGGACCGGACAGCAACAACAGCAGCCGGGUACCUUCAAGACCGAGGACCAUCUGACGACGGCCUUCGGGCUGGCGGCGCUGAUGCAGAACGGAUUUCCGCCCCCAGGGGCCAUCCUGAAUCCGGUUAACUUUCCGACGACCAAAGCCGGCACCGGCACAAGUGAGUUUGAACUAGACAUUACCAUUGCCACUACAGAUGAUCGAUGGCAACAGAACCAACAGCAACAGCAGCAAGUUCAAACCCAGGAACAACAACCAACAGCCCAGAUGGAGCAAACCUGGAGCAUCGGAAAACAUUCCUCGUCGACCACCUCAACUUCGGGCAAUCAGAAGGGUUUCAAGAAACCCAAAGUCGAGCCCCAGGACAACUCACCCACCAACAAUAGUGCUGGCAGUACUCUUAACAUCCCCCAAACUGGUGGUAGUGCCGAUAAGAAGGGAAACUUCAACGCGGCUGCCAUCGGAGCUGCAACCGGAAAACGGUACAGCUGCAGCUCCUGUCCGUACACAACGGAUCGGCGGGAUCUUUUCACCCGCCAUGAAAACAUCCACAAGGAGGAGAAACCAUUCCACUGCUACGCCUGUCUGAAGCAGUUCAACCGGGCGGAUCACGUGAAGAAGCACUUCCUGCGCAUGCACCGGGACAUGGAAUACGAGAUAGCGAAAACUCGUAAAACCGUUAGCACCAAGAAUUACUACAACAGUGGUAGUAGCAGCAGCAGCGGAAGUAGUAACACUACUAAUAUCGUUACUAAUACGACGAGUGCUCCGGUAGUCGUCCCGGCACCUCCUCAACCCAUCACGUCCGUUCCGCAACCGCAAACGAUUCAGGUCAGCACGAUAAACAUUCCGACGGCUAGUUUCCCCACCCAGAUAACGAUCCCGAGUCACCAUGUGACCACAGCGCAGGUGCUAGAGCAUGUCACUGCGAGCACCAUCAAUAGCCAUGACAUGAGCACCCUAAACGGAACGACCAUCAUCGGGCACCACCAACAGCAACAUCAACAGCACCAACAGCAGCAACCGACACAGAUCGUGUUGGCCUCGGCUUCCGGUGGAACUCCAACAACGGUUACGAUCAAACAGGAGAAGGGGGUCCCUAACAACGUGAUCACCGUCACGCCCAGUUUACCGAAUCGGGCAAUGGUGGAAAGCUCUGCCGCUACCGUUGUUGUUGCCGCCCCGGUGGAUGAAAAACCAUUCUCCAAGAAGGGCGGCGGAGGAGGAGGUAGCAGCAACGCCAAGGGGGAGAAACGGUUCUCCUGCUGUUACUGUCCCUGGUCCGGCGCCGAUAACUGGGGUCUCAAACGGCACCUGAACACCCACACCAAACCGUUCGUGUGCAUGCUGUGCGACUACAAGGCCGCUCGCUCGGAACGCCUGGCCACCCACGUCUUCAAGGUGCACAACAAGAAGGCCUGCAACAAGUGCAACUUCUUCGCCGAGGACCAGGCCCAGCUCAACAUGCAUCAACUCGAUGCGCACCCGCAUGAACCGACGCCUAAGGCGUCCUCGAAAAAUGGAACAGGAACAACGUCGGUGGUGGUACCGAGCAGCAAUGUCGGAACCACCAUCAUAACGACAUCGGCGGCGGCAGCGCCCCAACAAACGACGGUGGUGCCGCUGAUAAUGUCCGGAACGACGGCAAACGAUACCGUCGGCGGUGGGACCACUGUCUUAACUGGGAAUGUGUUGCGGAAUCUUUCCGGGAACACCUUUGUGACCACCCAGAAUAGUGGUCAAACGCUCGGUCACAGUAUGGCCGGAAGCGGUGGGACCACGGUGGUUGUCACCAGCGGGAAUCCCAAUUCCUUCGGUAGAAUCCCAAACGCUAGCAGCAGCAGUGCUAAUCAAGUCUACCACACGACCACGAUCGGAACGACGACAACCAUCACCGGGAACAUCCUGACCAACAGCAACGCUUCGAAUCUGAUCGACACGAUCAACCAACAUCUGGCGGCCAGCGGAGCGGCCGGAAAUGGUGGAACCGUCCUCGUGAACAACAGCACGGGUGCGGUGAUCACUGCCAUUGCCAGCUCCGGAGCGGCAAAUCACAAUCACAAUCAGAACAACCACAUCAUUACAACCACCGGGACUGCAGCGGGUCCGGGAAACGGAUUAGGUGGAGGGGUUGGGCCGGGGACCGCCUCUCAUCAACACCAGUCCCUGCAACAGCAACAGCAACAUUCGCAGCAGCAGCAACAGCAACAGGUGCUGCAGCAACCACCGCAACAACAGCAACACUGGAUAGCUAAGGUUAGCCGGAAGAGAGGAUCGGAUCUUCUCUACAGCUACCUGGAAGCGGACGGAAGCGACUCGGAAGAUUAUGCCCGCCUACUCACAAUGCAGGCGAUCGGGCGCAACAAAGCUUCCGUGACGCAGGAUUUUCAUAAUGCGGGAGGCGGAAACCACCAUCUAUUCAACCCUCAACAACAGCAACAAGAACAGCAGCAGCUUGUAUCAUCGAACGGCAACAGCAACAGUAGCUUCAGCAGUAGUAGCACCAACAAGCUUUCGCUCCUGGUGGCAGCGUCGUCGUCGGCGUCCUGCUCGCCAGCCUCCUCACCACCACCACCACCAGUCAAGGAAACACCUCUGGUGGUGGAACAACCAGCCCACCAGGCGCCAAAUGGACUGACCGAGGAACAUCUAUCACUGUUACAACUGCUAGCGACUGCGGCCGUUGCCCAGCAGCAUCUGCAGCUGCAACAACAACAGCAGCAGCAGCAGCACCAGAAAGCGACGUCGUUACUGACUUCGCCUCCCGCGAGCCAUAUUCCAAAUACCCACCAACAACAACACAUCCACCAGAACCAAACCAACAGCAUCAGUACAAAUCAUAGUUCGAACCCGCUGCUGCUGGCCCAUCCGGUCACGACGGCGGCGGAAUCGAAGCGACGUCGCAACAAGAGUAGCAGUUCCCGCUGCAACUACGAUAAGGAAAACAAACUUUCGCACCACCGUAAUGGUAUUGGUGGACUGCAGCAGCAACAGCAAAAGAUCAGCGGCAGCGAGCAGAUCCUCAUCAACGGAACAACCGUUGUCGAGAACAACAACGGAAUUGAACGGAACAACAACAACAGUAACAGUAGCAACAAUAACAAUAGCACUAGCGUUAACAAUAAGAAUAUAAGUGAAACUACUAUUUUUGAUAAAAUGUAUAGAAAGUCGUACAGUAAGAUACUAGCGAGUAGUGGCGUUGCUUUCGCGAAGCCGACGCCUGCGGCCGUUGCCGUUACAGUUCCGGCAAUCGAGAAAGUCUCCCCUAAACAUCCGGAUCAAUCGGACCACGAGGAUGAGGGCAAAGAAAACUUCAACCUGGCCGAAUUCCUCAAGAACCACCGGGAGGUCACGAUCAGCACCCUGACCACAACCGGCGCCAAAACGACGUCGCCAUCGUCCCCAAACGACGAUGAAGUGGUUUUCGUCUGUGAUGACCAACAGCGGCUCGGCGGCAACGGCAACCGAAAGCAGCAACUUCGAAAGCUCGCCACAAUCGAUUUGGAACCGAAUGCCUCGCCGAUCAUCCAACAAAACAUCCCUCCGUCGUCAUCGGAAUCCCUACUAGUAAUUCAGGAGGCGUCAUCCCCCGAUAUCACCGACAUCCGGGACAAGCACAUGAUUCGAUUGGUAACGCGUCGUCUAUGUUGCCGCAUCUGUCAGAAUCAGCGCCGUCAACCUCCGGCAGCAGCAGCAGCAGCCAACGAUAGUUUGGAGAGCAGCAGCAGCACCGAGGACACCACCGGCCACUACUACCACAGCAAGGGUUCGUUGCUGUUGCACAAUCUGUGGCGCCACGGACCACGGUCGAAUCCGGGUGGUUCGGUGCAUCGGUGCCAACACUGUCGGGCCCAGUUCCGGCAGCGCUACAAGUUGAUCCUGCACCAGCGGCUGGUCCAUCGACGGCGUCAAACAUCGAACCAUCGAAAGCCACCACCCCUUAAGCAGCCGGUCGUCGUUGGAAAAGUGAAGGCCACCACCAAGUCCAAGUCGUCCCCCGGAGGUAAGACAGGUAAGAAACAACUAAAGCCACAACAACGGAAGCAAAAACAAUCCAAAAGUCGAAGCUUUCAGAAGUUGAAAAAGUAAAUUAACACCCCAAAAUGGCAAUCGUCUUGUGUUAGGUAUCUCAAUGAAAUGAACGAUAGUUUGAAGUGUUUUUUUUUUUAAAUAAUUAACAGGAUUUUUAAAUUGAUUUGAUUUUUAGACAUUUAUGAGUCACAAGGCUCAAGUUUUAGAAGAAAAAAAAGUUACAGCAAAAAAAGCGUUCAUGAAUUUUCAAAGCGGGGUUGCUGAGAAAAAAAGAAUUUUGUGGCUCCAGAGAGUAGAAAAGUUGAUAAGCAUACAUCAGCGCUUUACCAAUAAACGGUUCAAUUUCAAACGAAUGUAUUCUUCUCGUUCGGGGAAUCCGGAAAAAUCGAAGGUGGUACAUAGUUUCAAUCGAAGCCUUUGAAGAUAUGACAAUUGAUAUUUGAAAUUUGUGAACCUUUUGAAAAUUAGAAAUACUUCUUACGGGAAAUGCUCUAGAGGUGCAAAUCGGAAUUCCAGAACGAGCUUCGUGUCACGAGACUGAUUAAUUUGGAAAGACAUCUUAGGGUACCACUAAGCUUGUCAAUUGUUGAAUCGCUCGGCAAGCGAGCGAUUCAUACGGGUGCUUUUGAAACUUGGGCAUCCAUUUUAAAGACUUUUGGUUGUUGCUAAGUUAGAUUUCUUUAUGAUCAGGAUCUGAUUCAGGAUCUACAUCUGGAUCGGGAUAAGAAUAAAUAUUAAGAUCAGGAUCGGGUUCCGAUCAAGAUCAGGAUUUCGGGUGGCUCCAGAGAGCUUCCAGUCAAUCGAAUGCAUGAAAAGUAAACAAAUGGGAAAUAUAAUAAAUCAUUUUUUUCAUUGAGUUAACACAGGACAACGCGUAUCUUAACCGAGAACCAAUUGCAGGACUAGAGUUUGUAAAAAAAAGAAAAAUUGACCACCUUUCUCAUAGGUUUUUGUCCGGAGAAAACCUACUCCUCGCCAGGAAGCAUCCCGCCCACAUUCCUGCCCUUGUAUGUAUAUUCUCGUUUUUUUCGCCGCGGAUGCUACCGGCUUUGGAGAGAUGCAAACAGAUAAUGCUAAAAAUUGCGUAAAAAUAACAAUUCAGAACCUAGCGUUAUUUUUGAGACAUCCUAACUUAUGUGUGGCGUUUGGUUCGCACAAAAUUUCUAAUGAUGAAUAGAUCGAAAAAAAAUCUAAUAGGAUAAAAUGAAAGAAAAAAAACACGGUUCGAAAAAAAUAAAACCAAAAGUCGAAACAUAAAAAAGUUCGGAAAAUCUUCGGCAAAGCCAGCGUGUGCAAUCUAAAGAGAAAGGGAAAACAUGAACAAAAUAGGUAACGGAAAUCUCACAGGAAGCAGUUUUCUAAAACUUAUUUGAGCAAACGAGAGCAACAAAUAGUAUCUAUAAAUUCGACUCAUUAACGUACAAAUCCCAGAAAUAGUUUUGUUUUAAGAAUACUUAUUUUAUCACCAUUUAAGUUAAUAGCUAUCUAGUUUAAGUUUUUAUCAUUGCGAACUUCUCUAUAUUAAAGUUGGAAUAACUACAUUAUGUUUGACGUGAUCAACUUGUUAACGAGUUACAGACCUUUCUCAAUUUCUGUAUUGCCAUUUUAUUUUUGUGUAUAUUUAUACAUUGGUUUCUAUGCUUUUGCGCAUUGUAUAAACAAGAAGAAAAACUCAAGAGAUGGAAUAAAAUCUAUAUAGAUAGAUAUACGGAAAAAAGAGAUCAGAAAAAACGGAACCGAACAAAACAAUUCAACGUGUCAUAUUUAGUAGUGUACUAGUACUACCUAGUUGAUAAGAAGAGAAAGCGAGCAGAACAACCAUGCGCGGAUGGAUUAUUCUGUAUUAUUGUAAACCCUGUAUUUGAUCAAUGUGAAUUCCUAAACAAAGAACAAAAAUCUCACACACACAUGAAUAAAAAUCAUAAGAAAAAUGUGUAAA